AUGCCGGUAUUUAGGAGGGCAUACCAUAAGGGCCUGACCACAAAUAAAGUAUACCAUAGAGGUAUGAACACCGAUACAAUGUACCACAUAGUCCUGACCACAAAUACAAGAUACCACAGAGUACUGACACCACAGAGUCAUGACCACAAAUACAAGAUACCACAGAGUACUGACCACAAAUACAAGACACCACAGGGGCCUGACCACAAAUACAAGACACCACAGGGGCCUGACCACAAAUACAAGACACCACAGGGGCAUGACCACAAAUACAAGACACCACAGGGGCCUGACCACAAAUACAAGACACCACAGGGGCCUGACCACAAAUACAAGACACCACAGGGGCCUGACAAAAAUUACAAGACACCACAAGGGCCUGAGCACAAAUACAAGACAUCACAGGGGCCUGACCACAAAUACAAGACACCACAUGGGCCUGAGCACAAAUUCCAGACACCACAGGGGCCUAAUCACAAAUACCAGACAACACAGGGGCCUGACCACAAAUACAAGACACCACAGGGGCCUGACCACAAAUACAAGACACCACAGGGGCAUGAGCACAAAUACAAGACACCACUUGGGCCUAAGCACAAAUACCAUACAACACAGGGGCCUAAUCACAAAUACAAGACACCACAGGGUCCUUAG